GCCGGUACAGCUCUCACUGAAGUCUCCUAGGACAGCUUCUGAUCUGCAGAUCAGCCCAAGGAAAGCUGCUGCGGCACAUCGUCAUCGUUGAUACAAAACUAAACCAUAAAGAAGACAAAUCAAUUUCUUUACUACACCCCUUCAAACACACAUCGUCACUGCUACUAUCCCAUUCACUUUAUUCCGAGAUAGCCGCAGGCAAGGAGUCCAAUUACUUGAGGACAGAAUUAACAUAACUGAAGCUGAAAAGAUUUGAUUUUACUUGGAAUAAUGGUGAAAUUGGGGAAUAAUUUUUGCGACAAGAAUAAUACCAAAGUGCCCAUCUCUGAAGAUGGAUUUGACACCAUCCCCCUUAUCACACCCUUGGAUGUCAAUCAGCUGCAGUGCCCCCCGCUUGAUAAGGUGGUGGUAAAAACUAAAACAGAAUAUGAUGGUGACCACAAGAGGGGCAAAUUCCAUACCCCUAAAAUAGCAGAAUUUACAAUAAGCAUCACUGAAGGUGUCUCUGAGAGAUUUAAGGUCACAGCUUUAGUGCUUUUUGCACUGGCGUUCCUAACCUGUGUAGUGUUUCUGGUGGUCUACAAAGUUUACAGCUAUGACCAUACCUGUCCAGAGGGAUUUGUCUUUCAGCACAACCACUGCAUUCCAGCUGGGAUAGACAGUUAUUAUUCUGAACAAGACCCCAGUGCCCGAGGAAAAUUCUACACUGUUAUCAACCACUACAACGUGGCUAAGCACACACUCACUCGCUCCGUGUCACCCUGGAUGACGGUGAUGUCUGAAGAAAAGGUAUCUGAACAGGAGACAGAGAAAACAGCUUAGAAGUGAGCGCUGCGAUCAAGAGUACAGGAGUCACACGUGCUGAGCAGUAAUACUGUAUAAAAGGGAGCUUUUAACUUUAAAUAUAACCAUAGGUAGCUAAGAGAGUUUAAAAAUUGCAUUUAACUUUUUUUUUUGGGUGGGGGGGGCGGACGGAAGACUAUAUAACACUGCAGAUUGUUGCCUAUAGUUGGAUAAUUCUCAUUGUGAAGCAGAGAACGAGAUUCUGCUGCUGUUUGUCGACCACAUUUAAUUUAAUUAUCUUCAGCUUCAACGUCAGUAGCACUGUAAAGACAGAUUCAUCUUCAUUUGAGAUGCCGAUUCUCUCUUUCUCAAUGGUUAUAAUUAAAGUUCACUUUCAGGUCAAGCUGAUAUAUGUAUAGGACACUGUCAGUAACAGAUUAUGCUGUAUGAAGAGAAAAAGAAAAAUGGUCAUUAUUUAUCUUUGUUUUCUUAAGUCUUUCUUGUCGCACUACUCACAUCUAUUGCUAAUUUGUAAGUGAUAAUGAAGUUCUAAGUCACACCAUAUGUUUGAUGUUAUUUUAUUCAUGCAAACAGAAUUCUAUUCUCCACUGUGGCUUUUGCAACUUAGCUAGGAUGUGCACUGGAAUACAGAUGGGUGUACUGUAAAAAAAAUAUAUGGUCUUCAUUAUGUAGCUGCCAUUUUUCAAACUGUUCCUUUUCAAUUGGAGCGUUCAUUGAGUUUCUUGCUUAAUGACUCCCAAUUCAUAUAUUUAAUUCAUAUCAUGGUUGGGAAGAGCUCAGACCAAACUAAACACAAUACAAUGAAGAAAUGUUACACAAGACCCUUUCAAAAUAUAUUAACUUGUCCAUCGUACAAAGCAUGAGUGCAUUUGUGAAGUAAUACACAUCAUUUUUCUUGGAGAUCUACAUUCCAAAACCAGUAAAGAAAGGCACAUUAUAUUGAAUAUCAGUAAAAACUCCUCUCUCUCUCUCUCUCUCUCUCUAUAUAUAUAUAUAUAUAUAUGAAAACUUAUUUGAUUUACAGUAUGAUUUCAUUAUCUUGCCCUAUUACUAAAUCAAUAUAAAACACAUUAAUUAUUGAGAAUUAAGACCAUUACCAUAACCUGUGGUUUCUGUUACAUUACCAAAAGCAUCCCAUAAGCCAGUGUACAAUUUGAACACUCCAAACACUUAAUAAAAAUGUCAAAUUAGAUAUGCAAGUUCUUUAUGAAGGGCCGUAAUGUAAAUGGAUCAAAAAAGGGAAAAAAUGAAAACCUGUAUUUGUAUGUUACUAGAUAUGUUUAUUUAUAAUAUUUAUUUUCUGCAUGUUGCAGGGCUGUGCUGUGUUGAACCUUCAUAGAUUUAAUAGUUGUUGACAAGAGCUGUGUGUGAAUACAGAUUUUCAUUGUUUUUCUUUGUGGUUCCUUUUAUAUGGUGUUUGUAGUGGAAAUGUCAAAAGUAGCAGUACAAUGCAAGAGAAAAUCCACAGAAAAGCACAUUACAUUAGACGAAUUAGUGUAACACAUCACUGUUUAUUGGUUUAGUUUGAAUUAGCGGAGAUAACCCAUUGUAAGCAGUACAUCAUACAUUUUCUCAAAACAAGAGUGCAGUUUAGCAAUUGCUCAUCUUUGUUUAUUAAUGCGCAAGCAAUGUGAUUUGUUAAUGAGUAGUAGGUCAGGCUUUAAUGUACUGUAUGCUGUUGUAAAGUGUCACACUGCAUGAAAUGCAAUAAAGCCAGUGCCAAACGUUUUUCCUUGCCUAAACAAACAGCUCUCACAAUCACAUUUAAGCAGGUCAUGUCUUUUUUUGUUGACAAUUAAAAUUAAGAGUUAUGUACUUUAUUGAAUGUAGUGAAGUGAAGCAAUUAGGUUGUAACUUUUGACAUUUUCACUUUGUGAAAAAUAAAUAAAAUCUAAGAAUGACAUAAACCACA